AUGAUUUUUUUGCAGGUCGCAUUUUGCCGGCACGUAUCACAUAUAUUUCAAAGCUUCUCAAGUUCAUUUAUAGCAUGUGAGCUUGGCGUAGAUACCUGGGCACGUAAGGAUUGUGUUAUGCCUGCUCUUGGUGUUAUUAAAAAUGAUUAUUUUAUUCGGGAUAAAAAGUAAGCUUU